GUUUGCUCCGAUUACCCACCCUCCCCUCUCCUAUUUUCCAAUAUCACUUAAUGUCAUCCGGGAUCUUAUUGCCACGAAAUUUUCGCGCCAAAUUUCUCCAUGUGAGACAACUGAUCGCAGCAAACCUUGAUCAAGAUGGACGUCGCUGAUCGCACAACGGGAACUGCUCACGUCCGUGAUGACCUUGCCGAGCGAUCACAGAAGCUAUUUCAAGACUUUCUUGAAGAAUUUCAAGUUGAUGGAGAAGUGAAAUAUCUUCCUGAAGUUCAAGAACUUAUCAGACCUGAGCGUAACACAUUAACAGUCAGUUAUCAAGAUGUGGAGUCUUACAAUGCACAAUUGUCAACUUUAAUUCAGGAAGAAUAUUACAGGGUAUUUCCCUAUCUUUGUCGAGCUGUUAGAAACUUUGCCAGAGACAGAGGUCAAGUGCCACCAACAAAAGAGUUUUAUGUCAGCUUCACAGAUCUACCAACAAGACACAAGAUUCGAGAACUCACCAGUCAGAAAAUUGGAACAUUACUUCGAAUUAGUGGACAAGUUGUACGUACUCACCCUGUACACCCUGAGUUAGUGAGUGGAACAUUCAUUUGCCUUGAUUGCCAGACUGUUAUCAAGGAUGUUGAGCAACAAUUUAAAUAUACUCAGCCCACAGUUUGCCGCAAUCCAGUUUGUCAGAACAGGGCAAGAUUUAUGCUGGACAUAAACAAGUCGCGCUAUGUGGAUUUUCAAAAAGUGCGUAUACAAGAAACACAGGCAGAAUUACCAAGGGGAAGCAUUCCUAGAAGUGUGGAAGUAAUUUUAAGAGCUGAAGCAGUAGAACAAGCUCAGGCUGGUGAUAAGUGUGACUUCACUGGAAGCCUAAUUGUGGUUCCUGAUGUAGCACAAAUUUCUACACCAGGGGCGAGAGCAGAAUCAUCUGGAAGACAAACAUCUGGUGAAGGAUACGAAGCAGAGGGAGUGAGGGGGCUCAAGGCUCUUGGAGUUCGAGAUUUGACCUACAGAUUGGCUUUUCUUGCCUGUAGUGUCCAAGCAACAAACCCAAGAUUUGGAGGCAAAGACCUUGAUGGUGAUGAUGUUACAGCAGAGACAAUUAAAAAGCAGAUGACAGAUCAGGAAUGGCAAAAGAUUUAUCAGAUGAGCAAGGAUAAAAAUCUUUACCAGAACUUAAUCAACAGCAUCUUUCCAACUAUUCAUGGAAAUGAUGAGGUCAAACGUGGAGUGCUCCUGAUGCUGUUUGGUGGAGUUCCAAAAAUCACAUUGGAAAAAACAAAUCUGCGUGGUGAUAUCAACGUCUGUAUUGUUGGAGAUCCCAGCACAGCAAAAAGCCAAAUACUCAAGCAUAUAGAGGAGUUUAGUGUCAGAGCUGUGUACACCUCUGGAAAGGCCUCCAGUGCUGCAGGUCUCACAGCUGCUGUGGUCAAGGAUGAGGAGUCAUCAGAAUUUGUCAUUGAAGCUGGUGCUUUGAUGUUGGCUGAUAAUGGGGUGUGCUGCAUUGAUGAGUUUGAUAAGAUGGACCCUAAGGAUCCACAAUCUGAACAUGUCUGCACCCAUUAUGUCAAGAUUUGACCUGUUCUUCAUACUUGUUGAUGACUGCAAUGAGGUAACAGACUAUGCCAUUGCUCGUAGAAUCGUUGAUCUUCACAGCCGGCUUGGGGAGGCUGUGGAGAGGACUUACAGUGUGGAUGAAGUUCAGAGAUACAUAACAUUUGCCAGGCAGUUUAAACCGACAAUCAGCAAAGAUGCACAGGAUUUCAUUGUUGAACAGUAUAAACAUCUACGAGAACGAGACACGAGCUUUGCAAGGUCAGCGUGGCGCAUUACAGUACGACAGUUAGAGAGCAUGAUUCGUCUCUCUGAAGCCAUGGCCAGGCUUUACUGUCAGGAUGAGGUUCAACCCAAGCAUGUCAAAGAAGCAUUUCGUUUGUUGAACAAGUCUAUAAUUAGGGUUGAAACUCCGGAUGUACAGUUUGAUGAAGAUGAGGAGGAACAACAAGAAGAUAUGGAUGUGGAUGGGGAGAGUGAAGCUCAUCCAAGUGGAAUGGUAAAUGGCCAUACAGAAAAAGAUGCCGAUAGGACAGAGAGUGACCAGAAAGCUAAAAGCAAACUGCGCCUUUCAUUUGAGGAUUACAGAUCAAUGGCAAGGAGUGUAGCAGGGUACUUAAGGGCUGAAGAGGAGCGAGGAGGUGAAGAUGACACUGGGAUCCGUAGAAGUGCUGUUGUUAACUGGUAUCUCAAAACAAUUGAGAAAGACAUUGACACUGAAGAGGAGUUGGCUGAAAAGAAAGUAAUUCUUGAUAAGGUUCUUGACAGGCUGAUCAUAUCGGACAAUGUUAUUUUAGCACUAAAAGAAUGGGGAACAUCACAGGAAGACUAUGUGCCAUCUGAAGAAGAAGAUCCAUUCCUAGUCGUUCAUCCUAAUGUUGUAGUUGAUGACCUGUAAACCUUCGCUGUUAAAUUCACUUCUCCCUUAGGACUGUAUAUACAACCCGCUUUUUUUGAGGGAAAAUUUCAGUAGAUUGAUUUACCGGUAAUUUGCUUUUUCUCCUUGGGAUAUUGUUUGUGUGGCUCAUGUAAAAAGCCUGUAUUGUGAGUGAACAGGUAAGCGUUAGAUAUUGGUUUUCAUAUAGCAAAGAAAAAGUAUUUGUAUGCAAGAAAGCACACUGCAGUUUGCACAUCUAACAAAGAAAGAAUGGUUCAUAAAUUUGUAUAUUUUUCCUUUAAAGACUCAGUUCUUGUUUUUUAAAAAGAUUUUGUGCAUCAAGGUGAUUUGUAUACCAGAGCAACUAUUAAUAAAGCACUAUUGCCAUA